ACGGCGGGAUGCUGGAACCUGGCGCGCAACCGACCGUCCAAUCGCAAUGGAGGCCAAGUCAACCAGAGAUGAUGGAGCUGCGUAAGCAACUGGAUUAUCUGCUGGAGGAAAAAAAUAUCCGCCCAUCCACGUCACCCUACGCCGUUGGCCAAUUCUCUUCUCCCCAAAGAAGGACAGAGGACUACGGAUGUGUAGCGAUUAUCAAGCGCUCAACAACAUCACCACCAAGUCCCGUUACCCGAUUCCACAAGACGAUUUUUUCCAAGAUCGAUCUACAUGGAGCUGGUACUGACCGAAUUUGGGUUCCAUCCUACCAACUGUUACAUGAAUUACUGAUACAGGAGGUUCAUGACGCUAAGUGCUCAGGACAUUUUGGGGUUGAUAAAACCUUCAAAAUGCUCCAACAUCAUUAUUACUGGCCGAAUGCGAACCACGACGUGCAGCAAUAUGUGGCCUCAUGUCCCACUUGCCAACUGAUGAAAUCCUCUCGCCAAAAGCUAGUUGGAUUACUACAACCAUUAGAACCGCCCACCAAGCCCUGGACACACGUGUCCAUGGACUUCGUGACAGGACUGCCGGCCGGCGCAUCCCAAAAUGAUGCUGUACUCGUGGUCGUUGAUCGACUCAUGAAAAUGGCUCAUUUCGCGCCAUGCCGAACGACGAUCACAGCCGAGCAAACUGGCAAGCUGCUUAUCUCAACCGUCGUUCCCCUGCACGGAAUCCCGAAGGCGAUCGUGAGCGAUCAUGAUCCCCGAUUCACGUCCAACUUUUGGACGAAAAUGUGGGAACAAUACGGUAUGCGUCUCCAUCUGUCCACGGCUUACCACCCACAGACCGACGGUCAGAGUGAACAGACAAAUCAGACCAUGGAGCAGCUGAUACAGACAACCUGUACCGACCCGACCCAAUGGGAAGAUUCCCUUCCUUUGAUCGAGUUCGUGUAUAACAACGCCCCUUCGUCAACGACUGCCCAAUCAUCAAUCUACCUGAAUUACGCUCUAAACCCCACGACUCCCACUACACCGGUAGUUGAGAGCCCUGCCCCACGAUCGCAACAUCUUGUCUAGGAGGGGGGAAGGUGUAAGGAAAAUCCA